CUGAGCUACUAGUCCUUCAGCGCAGGCCCAUUUGUCGAUGAAUUGAGGUUGAUUUCGAUUGCGGACCUCGCUGGUGCACUUGCGCCCCUCCCUCUAGAUGAUACCCAGUCCUCCGCAAGAAGCAGUUCAAUUUCGCGGCGAGACCCUCGAACCUGUGUCUCCGAAACCAGUCCAUUACCCUUCGCCUUCCAAUAUCCCGAUCCUUGAGAGACAGACCGACCUGACAAUGUUGAAUGAAACAUCUGCUCAGAUAGGUAACCCCACACCUUUCAGUGCCAUGCAGGACUAUACCCCCUCGGACGCACCUGCGGCCAACUCUCUGUACGACACUCCAGAUGGAAACACAAUAGCUCAAGCUUUUGGUCAAAAUGGCGGCGCAAACAGUGGUUCAGGGUCCUAUGCUCAAGCAUAUGAUUAUGACGGCGAAGCAGUAACCUCAACUUCUCAAGGUACCAACUCAAUUCAAGAUUCCACGCAAAGACCUCAAAAUCCCACCGCACCAGCCCCUAGUGACAUAUCUACUUCCCAAGCCUCUACUUUGUCCAGUCUCCUUGCGGGACACUUCUCUCCAAAUGAUUCUCAGGAGCCUCGUAUUGAGGCUGAUAACAACAAAGGCAGCAAUGGUGGGGCCAACUACUUUGCCUCUCUCAACUUCCUCAUACCAGCGAAUUCUAACUCUCAAUCACAAGAAGGUGAACCCAAUGACAACCAAGCCUACAUCCCAUUCACCGACCCAGCCUCGAAUGCCGCUGCUGCUCUUCUAUCCCAUCCCAAUCUCCCUCCACGUCCACCUCCGCAAGAGAAACCGGCCACACAUCCGAAUUAUACUCCACAAGACGACAUUCGUUCGUACCAUCCCCAUAGCCAAACAACGGCAGGGGCGCCUUUCAGAGCCCAACCAGGCCUGACCCCUCUAAUGACCGCUACCCCUACCUCUACUACAUCUAUGAAUUACCAGAAGACUCCACUUUCUGCUACCCAACAUUCUUACACGCCUUCAACGCCAGGCUAUCUGCCCAAAGAGUCAGUCGACGUUCGCCAUGAAAAAGACGUCGGAGAUGACGACGAGGCACCGUGGCCUCCUGAGGUGCAACGACUUUAUGAUCAGUUCCUCGUCGACGAGAGAACGAAUGUUACGGAAGGUCAAUGGGACAAGUUUCCUCCUGGAUCGCGUCUAUUCAUUGGCAAUCUACCCACCGAAAAAGUCACGAAGAGAGACUUGUUCCACAUAUUCCACAGACACGGCAAGUUGGCGCAGAUAUCGCUCAAGCAGGCAUACGGCUUUGUACAAUUCAUUGACACGAAUGCUUGCCGCGCAGCUUUGUCAACGGAGCAGGGCCAGCCAGUUCGCGGCAGGAAGAUGCAUCUCGAAAUCUCUAAACCACAGCGUAAUACAGGCAACGCAGCCAAGCAAGAUAGGGAUGGCAACCGUGGUAAUAAUAGACGUCGCUCACGGUCUCCAGACUACGGUCGUGGUAGUGGCCAGCGAGGCGUAGACCGGUACACUGGCGGACAAAGCUCGCCUCGGGAUAGAGACAGACGCGGCGGAAGAGACGAUUACCGUCCAGGCAGAUCUCCGUCACCACCGCGAGGUAGUCGACGUCGUGAUCGCAGUCACGAUCGAUACAGGCGAAGUCGAUCAAGAUCACCUUAUAGCCGAGCAAGGCGCCGCAGUCCGAGUCCCCGGAGGACAAACGAUGACGACGAUCUUCCACUGCCUAGACGCGCCCCACAAGACGUUCCCGACAUACAAAUCAUCGUACUCGAUACAUCUCUUGACAUGAAUUUCAUUGCUUACGUGGAGAAGGCGUUCAAAGAUCGGAGCGUGCGAGUUGACGUUCUCCUCCUCAGUCCACGCUUGUCGGAAGCCGCUGUUGUCCGCCGACAGAUUGUUGAAGGCGUCCUGGCGGUGUCGAGGCUGACAUUAGCAUCGCAGCAGACUGGCAAGAUCCCGUUACAAGUCUUCGAUAGGAGUCGUGGCGCUUCCGAUGUUCAGUUUGUUGAAUAUCAAGAUCUCGACGGCGCGAUUGCAGCAGAGCUUGUUGUACGAGCAAAGCAGAGUGCUGUGCCACAGGUGCAAUACGGUCUUCCCCCUGCUCAAUACGGAUUGCCACAACAGCAAGCCACUCCGCAGUAUGCACCACCUCAGGCAGCCCCAGGCCUCCCCUCGAACCUUUCCUCCGCCAUAUCCUCGCUAGAUGGCCCUGCUCUCCAACAGCUACUCGGUGCUAUGCAACAGCAGGCCCAGCCGAACUCGCGAGUUCCUCAACAGCCGCAUCAUUCUAUCCCGACCAGUCUCACGCCUGACCUGUCAAAGCUGCUCAGUGGCCAAGCACCGCAGCAGAAUAUGUUUGCUCAAUCUGGCCCUCCUCCAAAUCAAAACAACCUAUACGCCAACAACCCAGCUCUCGCAGCUCUACUCGCGGCCGCUCAACCUUCACAAGCCCAACAGCAGCAGCAGCAGCAGCAACAACAACAACAACAGCAUCGACCGCAGCAGCACCAACAACAACACACACAGCAGCAGCAGCAACACGCUUCACCGCAAUCACCAGCCCAGAUACAGCCCGACAUGGCUCAACUUAUGGCCCAACUGAGUAACUACCGGCGUUAGGAUCCAUCCCAUUACGAUCAAAAAGCUCCGUGACCGUCUGGUGAUCAGGUGGGGACCGGGGGUUUGGGGUUUGGGCGCUUUUCCUCCAUAAGAAACGAAAUCAAGAACAAAAACACUGUAUUAUAUACAUAUACCUCGACCACAACAACAACAAUGACGAUGAUCAUGUGUCAUGAGGCAUUAUUAGCUUAGCUUAGCAUAGGUUUUUUUGUUGUUAAUUUUGACUUGACAUCAUAUAUAUAUAUAUAUAUCUGUCGAUUUCGACAUUCCGAGCUCUGCACGCACUACCCCCCAACCUUCUUUUCUUCUGCGGUGCAUCUUUUGUGGCGCAUUAUGUUGAAGCUUACGCGUAGCGUCUACUUGGAGAAUUAUGAGGCGCAAGCUGGGAUUUGGCUGAAUUGAUGGG